AUGACGCAAGCACUGGGGACAGAACAAGAAAAAGGACUGCCGAGUCCUCCACCAGACAGCGGAAAGGAUUCCACUUCGAGCUUGCCCGCCACUUCUGCACUCAAGGACGUUGACAAGGAUGUUAUCGUCAAUGUCACUGGACAAACAAGCGAUACAAGCAGAGUACUCGAGGAUGAUAAGGACAACAACAAGAAGAAAGGCGCUGGGUUUGGGCCAUACCUUCGAGUCUGGCGCUAUGCGCAACCGAUCGAUCAUGCACUGAGACUAUGUGGAUUUCUUGCUGCCUGUGGUGCCGGUUCAGCCUUGCCCCUGAUGACAAUCGUCUUUGGGGAUAUGAUCAAUGAUUUCAACAAUUUCGACGCGGGCCAAACCUCGAUCGAUGACAUGUAUAACAGCAUCUCCCACAACGCCUUAUGGUUUCUCUACCUCUUCAUUGGGAAGUUCUUUCUUGUCUUCAUUAAUACCACCUGCUUCAGAAUCACAGCUAUCAGAGCAACAAAGGCUCUGCGGCAGGAUUUCAUCACGGCCCUCGUUCGACAAGACAUUGCUUACUUCGACAAUUGCUCGCCAGGUACAGUGGCUACCACAAUUUCGAACAAUGCCGAUAUCGUUGAGAAUGGACUAGGCGAGAAGGUCGGAGUUGCUUUCCAGGCCAUGGCCAUGUUGACGGCCGCGUUUAUCGUGGCAUUCACUCAACAAUGGAAGCUCACCUUGGUCACCGCAACUACUCUACCCUUGGCUGUCAUCGUGGUGGGCAUCACUGUUGCUCUCGACGCAAAGCUUGAAGCGAAGAUCCUCAAAAUCUACGGCAAAGCUGGUGGACUAGCGGAAGAGGCAAUGAGCACCAUCCGCAUUGUGACCGCAUUUAAUGCGAAGAACAAACUGAGCCGGAAAUACGAUACAUAUCUAGAGACCGCCAAACGCUACGGCGUAAAGAAGGGCCCGGUGCUAGGGUUUCAAUACAGUACUGAAUUCUUCGCAAUGUACUGUGCCUAUGCUCUGGCUUGGUUCUACGGUAUCAAGCUUCUGCUCCAAGGAGAAGUUGCUACGGGUGGAGACAUUCUCACAGUAUUAUUCUCCGUUCUGAUCGGAACCUCGUCCAUCACUAUGAUUGCGCCCUCGAUGGGAGAGCUGACCAAGGCAGCUGCAGCUGCGCAGGGAAUGUUUGAGAUGAUCGACCGCAAGUCUCUAAUUGAUCCGAUGUCUGAGGAGGGCAAGCGACCGGAACAAGCCACAGGAAACAUCAGUUUGAGAAAUGUGACCUUCUGUUACCCUUCGCGACCAACAGUGCGAGUCUUGGAUGACUUCAGCGUCGACUUUGAGGCAGGGAAAGUCACAGCAAUUGUUGGAGCCUCUGGCAGUGGCAAAAGUACUAUCAUGGGGCUCAUAAUUCGCUGGUUCGACCCAGAAUCUGGAUCGAUACUGUUCGAUGGUGCCGAUAUCAAAGAUCUUAACGUUCGCUGGCUGAGGACGAAUAUGGGGUUUGUCCAGCAGGAACCCACCCUUUUCAGCGACACCAUUUCCAACAAUGUCCUCCAUGGCCUCUUUGGGACCGAUAGUGACGAUCUCCCCGACUCAGAAAAACGUGAGCUCGUUCGACAAGCCUGCGUUCAAGCAUAUGCAGAUCAAUUUGUGGAGGAACUCCCGGAAAAAUAUGAUACCAAAGUGGGUGACAGAGGCGGCUUCCUGAGUGGCGGACAAAAGCAGAGAGUAGCGAUAGCUCGCAGUGUGAUAUCCGAUCCUCGCAUUCUUCUCUUGGACGAAGCCACUUCAGCUCUUGACCCGAAUGCGGAGGGAAUUGUCCAGGCCGCACUAGACAAUGUCUCGCAAACACGCACAACGAUCAUGAUUGCCCACAAGCUGUCAACUGUUCAGAAGGCCGACAAGAUUGUCGUUUUGAGCAAGGGGAAACUGGUUGAGCAAGGCACUCACCAAGAGCUAUUGGCCCGCAAAGGCGCAUAUCAUGGGCUCGUCAAUGCACAGAAUCUCGACUCUCAGCAAGAUGCCUCAUCGAAUACCAUCGACGAGAAGGCGGAAGAACUGCAGUUGCAGAAUACACCGACGCCCGCUCAAGAAACUUCCAUCAAACCCGCAGUCGAAGCAGAGGAUGUAUCACGCAAGCUCUCUCUGGUCAGGUGUAUCCUUAUUGUCCUGUAUGAGCAACGAAAGCAUUGGCUGUUGUUCCUGGGAGGUGCACUGGCCUCUGUUGGCGGUGGUGGUGUCUUCCCAGCUCAAGCAAUUGUCUUCAGCAGAAGCGUCCUCGUCUUCCAACUUCCUCCCGAUCGCGUAGAAGAUCGCGGAAACUUCUGGGCCUUGAUGUAUUUUAUUAUGGGUUUGGGGGUACUCGUUUGCUAUGCAUGUCUUGGCCUACUGUUUACCGUUGCCGCCUUUUACGCAACUCGUUUCUAUCGAAGUGAGUACUUCACCGCGAUGUUGAACCAGGACGUUUCGUUCUUCGACCUCGACGGUCAUUCUGCGGGGACGAUGGCCAGUCGACUUUCCACCGACACACAAAGGCUCCAAGACUUGAUCUCGGCAAAUUUUGGCCUCAUCUUGAUUGUCAUCGUCAACCUCAUUGGAUCCUGCACGUUAGCACUGGCUUAUGGUUGGCGACUUGCUCUUGUAGCCAUAUUUGGCUGCUUGCCUCCGCUCUUCUUCGCAGGAUUCACAAGGAUGCGGCUUGAGAUGAAAAGUCAAGAUCGAAUGAGCAAGAUGUAUCAUGAGAGUGCCCGAUUUGCUGCCGAAGCGAUUGGAGCCAUCAGGACUGUCUCCAGUUUAACUCUCGAGCCGAAGGUUGUGAAGACAUACGACGAGAAACUUGUGACAACAUCCAAAAAGGACCUACGUCAAACUGUUCUCAGCAUGAUUCUGUUCGGUCUAAGUGAGAGUCUGGACCUGGGUGCGAUCGGUCUGGCAUUUUGGUAUGGCGGUAAAUUGAUGUCAGAAGGCAAAUUGGACGCAGGUGUCUUUUUCAUUGUGUUUAUUGCAAUCAUAUUUGGAGGACAAGCUGCCGGGUUCUUAUUUGGCUUCACUUUGAAUACGACGAAAGCGCACUCGGCGGCGAACCAUAUAAUCGACCUUCGGAGGUCCAGACCCGCAAUCAAUACGUCAACUGGUGCAAAGGCCUUGUCCAGUGAUGGCAAUUCCGAUGUGGCCAUCGAGUUCCGGGAUGUAUGGUUCACUUAUCCAAGCCGACUGGAUGUUCAGGUUCUGCAGGGCUUGAAUCUGAAGGUGCAUAAAGGCGAAUCUAUAGGCAUUGUAGGUGCAUCAGGCUGUGGCAAAACGACGGUCAUCAGCUUGCUCGAGCGAUUCUACGACAUCGCACGCGGAGAGAUCCUACUCAGCAACAUGCCCAUCAGGGACUUCGAUGUCCAUUUCCAUCGAUCGAGAAUCGGAAUGGUCUCACAAGACACUACACUGUAUCAAGGCUCGAUCAGGGAGAAUGUGCUUAUCGGCGUGCCGGACGAUACAGUAUCGGAAGAGCGACUCGUCAAAGCAUGCAAAGAUGCCAACAUUCACGAGUUCAUCCAGUCUCUGCCCGAUGGAUAUAACACUGACGCCGGGACAAGGGGUCUCGCUCUCUCCGGCGGCCAAAGACAGAGAAUUGCCAUUGCCCGAGCGUUGAUUCGCGACCCUGAGAUCCUCCUGUUCGACGAAGCCACGAGUGCACUCGAUACGGAGAAUGAGAUUGUCGUCCAGGAAGCCAUUGAAGCGGCGGCAAAAGGACCUGGAAGGACGACUAUUUCUGUCGCUCACCGCCUCUCCACGAUCAAGCGAUGCGACCGAAUAUACAUCCUUCACCAGGGGAGGGUUGCUGAAGUUGGAACACAUGGCGAAUUGAUCGCUCGAAGGGGACGAUACUACCAGAUGGUUCUUGGCCAGAGUCUGGAUCGGCAAGUAGAAUAG